AUGCCCCCAAAGUCGAGUAAAAAAAAGAGGAACAUAAAUUCUGCCCGUGGGUUUGCAACGACGAGCACGCCAUCGAAAUCUAAAGAGAAAAUCGAAGAAACUUCUAAAGCCAAUGAUGACAGCGAAUCAAACAAGGUUGUCUCUAUAGAUACUUCGACGCAGAUUGAUAGUAUUGACACCAGGCCAGAAGAUAAUGAAUUAUAUGAUAUGAUCCCUAUAAUUGAAAAACUACGUGAUUUGAAUUCGAAAAAAGUUGACACCCAUUUUAAGGAUUUAUCAUCGGAAGAAUCAGUUGCUGAUAUAAAUCAAUUGCCUGUUUUAAAACUGGAUACUAGUACUGAACUUAAGAUCGUAAAUUACAUUAAAAAAAUUGGAUAUCAAGAACAAGUGGACACCAAGUUUGAUGAUGCAAUUGAUCUCAAAGAUCAGAAAGAACGCGAAAGGGUUUUGACAAAAUUGGAUUUUGUAUAUCUAAUACUGAAACGACUUGGGUUUUUAAAAACGGAUAUUGAAGAAUGUAUAAGAAGGAUUUGUAGUUUGGACUUACGACCUGCGUUAGACUGGUUGUGCAUUAACGUUUCACCCGAAUCAUUGCCCGUCGGUUUCUCUGAUAAAAUAUAUCAUGAUGACGUGAAGACUAGCAUAAAGUUUGUGCCCAAGAAUCCUACUUCUACCAGUCAACUACCAUCAACUCGAAUGGAACCUUUACCCUCCGAAAAAGAAGAUUCUUCAUCAGACGAACACGCAAACAUGUCUCAAUUAAAAUCUUGGAUUUUGGAUGCUGCUGGAAAUUCCGAAUCAGAUGGUGAUGAUAUAAUGACAGAUCCAAGCGUGAAGUAUGCAGAAUUAAAAUUAAAAUUGAUAGCACAACAAAAGAUCUUAAAAAAGUAUGGCGACAGUGAAGAAGUAUCUAGUCGUAUCGACGCUAUUAACGCGAAGAUUAAAUUACUUGAGGGAGAUUACUUAUUUGAUCGAAGGGAGGCCGAAAGAUUAUUCAAAGAAAAACAAAAAAAGAUUGAAAGGGAUGAGGAGAUUAAAAGGCUUAAGUCAAAAUUCGAUAGUGAAGAGGAAAUUAGCAAUAAACCUAAGAGAGAUGAGGAAAGCAAUUUGCUUGGAUUUUCAAUUCAAGAUGAAGAUGAUGGAGAUUUAUUUGGUGGAUUAUUGGAUGUUCCAUCACCCUCUGAGGAAGAGAUGAAAUCUGAGUCUACUGUGAAGAAAAUAAAUACUACAUGUCUUCUCAGGGAAAUGCCUGUACACGCUUCUUGGACUGGAAAAAUGCCAAAGGAAAUAUUACAAGAAGUUUGUCGAAAGAAAGAUUUACAAGUUAGAGUGAACUUUCAUCAGGAACCUACCGUUGGUGGAAACAGCAUCAAGAAAGCUGGAGUUAAGAUAAUUUGGGGUGGAGGAAAAGAGGAUGGUUUCGUCAUGAAAGAUGAAGGUUGUCGGUCAUUUGAAGAAGCUGAAAAUUAUGUUUCCACGUUGGCAUUAGUCGAGUUAACCGACCUUCCAUUAUAUCAUUUGUUACCACCUUCAUAUAAAGAUUUAUGGAUAGAACUAAUGGAAGCCAAGAAUUUUGAAGCUAAUAAACACAAAAUAGCAUCAGAAGAAGAGAGGAUGAAAUUUUUGUUAUCUAUUACCGAUAAUAAGAUCAAAGAAUUUAAUACGAUCGAAGAAACCGCAAAAGAAAACGUGAAGAUAACCGAACAAUUAAACGAGACGGUUCCUGACAAAAUUACGUCAAAUUCUCAAGAUAUGAGUAUCUCGGAUGAAGGAGCCGCUAUGAAGAAAGCUUUGUUUAGACCUCAUUGGCUGAUAAUAAUUACAAAUGCAAAACUGAAGGCUAAGCGUAAACUGUUACCAAUUUAUUCUUAUCGAGAAGAAUUGUUGAAAAAACUGGACAAUAACCAAGUCAUUAUUGUUUCUGGAGAAACCGGAUGUGGCAAGAGUACUCAAAUGCCACAAUUUAUUGCCGAACACAUGCUCUUAAGAGGGAUUAUUCUAAUGAGUGCAACUCUUGAAUCGCAAAAAUUCUCUCAAUAUUUUUACAAAUGUCCCAUAAUCGAUAUACCGGGAAAAACAUUUCCUGUCGCCGUAAGAUAUCUUGAGGAUGUCAUCGAGAAGACAGGAUAUAUGAUUGAUGAGGGUGAUGAAUACGCAGCAAGAGUUGUUAGGCAAAUAAAAGAUGAAGGAACAAUAUCUGUCACGGGCAGAGGAAAUACUACAAAUAAAGUUCAUUAUGAAGUGGAAGCGGAUAUAUAUACCGAUGGCGAUUUUUCAAUUCCUGAUGAAGAACUUUCAUCACUUUCGCAACGCACACGACUAGUUCUGAGGAGGCUUGAUUUUAACAAAAUAAACUACGAUAUUAUAAUGUUGCUUCUCACCUUCAUUUGCGUGCCAGGAAACAUAAGUUCAAGUACUGAAACUGGAACUUCACCGGAUAUUCCGCCAGAUGGUGCAAUCUUGAUUUUUUUGCCAGGAAUGCCAGAAAUUUUAAAGUUGUAUGACCAACUGAGAGCUGACAGGAAUUUUCAAGAUGAAGCGAAAUUUUUGGUGUAUCCUUUGCACUCUUUGGUAUCUUCGGAAAAUCAAGGAUCAGCAUUCGAGAUUCCACCGAAAGGCGUAAGGAAGAUUGUUUUGGCCACAAACAUCGCCGAGACUGGAAUUACUAUUCCAGACGUCACUAUAGUUAUUGAUACUGGAAAGGCGAAUCAGAUUAGUCUAAAAAAAAUCACAACUUUGCAAGAGACGUUUGUGGCGAGAGCCAAUUCCCGUCAGCGUAGGGGUAGAGCCGGUAGAGUGCGAGAAGGAAUAUGCUAUCAUCUGUUUACGAAAUGGAAACACGACCAUGAGAUGGCUGAUUACGAACUUCCGGAGAUAUUGCGGUUACCUUUACUGGAAUUCUGCCUCAAGAUUAAAGUUUGCGGGUUAGGUGAUAUUUCCGACGUUUUUUCAGAGGCCGUAGACCCCCCAACGAAUAAGGCUAUUAGAAACGCCAUUGCGACCUUGCAGGAGGUUCAAGCCCUUACCCCUGAAGGGGAGCUUACCCCGCUUGGAAUGCACCUCUCACAUAUUCCUGUUGAUGUUCACAUUGGAAAAAUGCUAUUAUUCGGCGCGAUAUUCAGGUGUCUUGAUCCAAUUCUUACCAUAGCGGCAACCUUAAGCUACCGUAGUCCGUUCCUCACACCGUUUGGCAAAGAAGCCGAAUCCGAUGCUGCACGAAAUAAAUUUAGAUACGGCGAUUCCGACUUAUUAACAAUGUAUAAUGCUUAUUGCGAGUGGAAAUUGACUUAUGAAAAGAAUGGUCCGGGAAAGUUUUUGCGAGAAUUUUGCCGGGCUAAUUUUCUGAGUGAUCAAAAUUUACGUGUGAUUGAAGACUUGAAAAAACAGUUCUUAUCAUUGUUGGUGAAUAUCGGAUUUGUGCAAGUGGACGAGAAAAUGAAAGCAGAAUUAAGAAGAUAUACUUCUCAAACCAUGUGUCGGAUUCCGGCAGUUUAUAAUGAACAUACAUCCUCCACUCCAAUAAUCAAUGCUGCAAUCGCGGCAGGAUUGUAUCCUAGAGUAAUACAUCGGGAUUUAAGGAAUAAACAAUUUGUCACUGUGCUUAGUCGUGAUCCAAAACAAGUUUUCAUGCAUCCAUCCUCGAUAAACUUCAAGCUCCAGGUCACGAAUCCAAACGAUUUGUUGUCCCUAGGAAAAAAUUGGUUUGUCUAUAAUACUCUGAUGCAGACAAAUAAGUUAUAUGUUAGGGAGACUAGUCUGGUGGAAGUUAUUGAUUUGGUCUUGUUCGGAAGGGAAAUUGAAGUGAAGGUGAGGAAUAUUAUGUUGGUGCCAGUUCAUCCCUGCAGCUGUUACGCAGAACAUGAAAUUAAGAUGUUGUCCAUUGACAAAUGGAUAAAGUUGAAAUGCCCUGCGAGAGCAGCUACGUUGUUAAAGUAUUUGAGAAAUCAACUGGUACUUAUUCAACAGAACAGAAUUCUUAAAUACAAGAUUGAUUAUCCUGAAGCUGAACUAGAUGAAGAACAGCAAGGAUGGUUGGACCUCAUUUUGGAGGUCAUAAAAAGUUGUGAAGAGACCGGCGGGUAA